AUCAAUACCGGUUGCGUAUUCCACAAAAAAGGAUGAAACAUACGCAAAUAUUUCAAAUCUCUUAAAUAAAAUUGAAUACUAUAAAUAUAAAUGGGAAGUAUGCGCAGACUUCAAAAUGAUUGCAAUAUUGACUGGAAUGCAAACAGGAUACACAAAAUAUAUGUGCUUUCUUUGUAAAUGGGAUUCACGUGCUACCAGCAGCCAUUAUCAUAUUAAAUAUUUCGAAGAACGUAAAGAAAAUAUUAUUGGUGACUUAAAUGUAAUCCAUGAAUCUCUUGUCCCAAAAGAUAAGGUCAUACUUCCACCGCUGCAUAUUAAGUUGGGCGUGGUGAAAAAUUUUAUUAAAAGCUUAAAUACACAAGGAUAUGCUUUCAAACGCAUUCAAACAAUUUUCCCCAGAUUAUCUGCAGCAAAAUUAAAAGAAGGAAUGCUCGUUGGACCCGAUAUAAGAAAAUUAUUACAAGAUGAAGAAUUUUAUGGUCAUCUGUCGGAUAUGCAAAAGACAGCAUUUGACUUUAUGCAGCUGGUUAUAUCAGAAUUCCUUGGAAACUCAAAAGCACAAAACUAUGCAGAAAAUAUUGAAAGCAUGCUAAUCGGUUUUAACAAUAUUGGCGUUAAGAUGUCACUAAAGCUGCAUUUUCUGCACUCUCAUCUCAAUUUUUUUAAAGAAAACCUUGGAGCGGUUUCAGAUGAACACGGUGAAAGGUUUCAUCAGGAUAUAAAGGUAUUGGAAGAAAGAUUCAAAGGGAAAUCCCAAAGUGUAAUGCUUGCUGAAUACGUAUGGGGCUUGUACAGAAACCUUGACACAUCGGAACAUUCACGUCAAGCUAAAUACAGGAAAGCAUAUUAAGUUUAAUCUUUAAUCCAUUGUCCUACUACUGCUGAAGCAAAAAAAUAAAUAUGUACAUACUAUAAUAAACCACUAUUAAAACAAAA